AUGGUUCCGCGGGAUCGGCGAGGCGCUAAUCAGGUAUGGUCACCGGAUCGCGGCCGUGUUUUCCACCUCUUGGUGGUUUCCCUGGUGCUCCCGGCGCUCGGGCGUGGGCUGAAGGUGCAGCACAAGUUCGUCUCGCCCACCGCCACGAACAACUUCGCCCUGGAUGGGUCGGGCGGCAGGAUUUACCUGGCGGCGGUCAACCGGCUCUAUCAACUCUCGGCCCCCAACCUGACUCUGGAAGUGGAAGAGCCGAUGGGCCCCGAAGAGGACAACCCCUUGUGCCACGCUCCCCAGCUGCCCCAGGCGUCCUGCGAGCACGCCAAGAAGCCGACGGACAACUACAAUAAGCUGCUGCAGCCGGACCCGGAGCAAGGCAUCCUGGUGGUCUGCGGCUCGGUCUACCAAGGCUUCUGCCAGCUGCGGAGCAUGGACAACAUCUCGGUGGUGGCCGUGCCUUUCCCACCUCGGACAGGUGGGGGAGAAGGGGGCGACCAGGUCACGGUCUUCCCCAGCAUGCUGAACGUGGCGGCCAACCACGCCAACGCCUCCACCGUCGGCUUGGUGCUCAAGCAGUCCGGGCAAGACACGAGGCUCUUGGUGGCCGCCACCUACACGGGCUUGGGCAGCCCGUUUUUCCCGCGCAACGCCAGCCUGGAAGACCACCGCUUCGAGAACACGCCCGAGAUCGCCAUUCGGGCUCUCAACGCCCGCGGGGACCUGUCCCGGCUCUUCACUUUCGACAUCAACCCGUCCGAUGACAACAUCUUCAAGAUCAAGCAGGGCGCCAAGGACCGGCACAAGCUCAGCUUCGUCCGCGCCUUCCUCCACCGGGGAAGUCAAGGCGCGGCGCCCUCUCGCCCGGAAGGGGGCGCCUCCGGAGGCCGGAGUUCUCAGGCGGGACCCGGGGCCCCCUAUUCGUCCCGGGGUGCCCAAGCUGCCAAGCCCGGGCGCGCACCGGGCGCUUUCCCGCCUUUGUCUCAGGGCACCCCGCUUAGCCGCCCGUCGGCCUCCUACGCUUACUUGGCCCUCAACAGCGAGGCGAAUGCGCGAGAAAAGGAGAGUCACUCGCACAGCCUCUUGGCUCGCAUCUGCUUGGGGGACCCGGCCGAGGCGACCCCUCUCAAUAGCAGCGGCGGCGGCGGCGGCGAGACCAAAAAGUUGACCGAGUCUUACAUUCAAAUGGUGCUGCAAUGUAGCCACCCCGGAGCCGGCGGGGUUACGCCGGGAGUCGCCACCGGGGACCUCUUCAACAGGCUGGUCUCCGUGUUUCCCGCUCGCGCCGCCCUGCAGGUGGAUCCCGGGAGUCCUCCUUCGGCCCAGCCGGAGGAGCUGCUCUUCGGGGUGUUUGAAAAAGCUGCCUCCCCGGGUCCCGGGCCUGGCGGUCGACAAACUCCGCAGCCCUCGGCGCUCUGCGUCUUCCGCUUCGCGGAGAUCGAGGACGCUAUCAGGGUGGCCAGAAACUCGUGCUUCGUAGCGCCGGACGCCGACCUGGUCACUGUGCUGGACAGCGUCGUGCAAGGGACCGGGCCUGCCUGCGAGAAGAGGAAAAUCCAG